AUGGCUUCGUCGUCCUCAUCGUCCAGCAACCGAGUUGCCGUCCAUCUGGCGAUUCUAGUCCUCGUUCUUGCUGCCAGGGCGACCUCGACUCACGGUCAAUUCAACGACGACGACGACGAGGACAAGCGAGGCAAGUUCAUCGCCACUUUCCAGACCUAUCACCAUCAGGUCUCGGGCUCGGUCUACGCCGUGGACGCCUACACGCUGCUGCUCACGGACUUCAGCUACGACGGCAAGGGCGCCGACACGUUCUUCUGGGCCGGCACCACCACCAUGGCCGGCCCCCAGGGCUUCAUCGUGCCCGACGAGUACGGAAAAACGAACGUGUUGACUCGCUACCACAACAAGGACUUCACGCUGACCUUACCGGACGGCAAGAAGAUCAGCGACAUCAAGCGCUUCGCCGUGUACGAUCUCUCGACUCAGCAAGCCUACGGCGACAUCACGAUCGCCGAGGAAUUCGAUCCCCCCGCGCCGCGGCGCAUCGCGCAGCUGAGCACGCUCCAGCACAAUGUGUCAUCCGAGUCGAUCGUCGUACUCGACGCCAAGACCAUCAGCAUACCGGCACUCACCUACGACGGCCUCGGCGAGGACACGCACUUCUUCGUCGGCCAGGGCUCGAGGCCAUCGCCCAACGGCGUCAUCGUACCCGACGAGCACGGAUACUUGGAUCCGAUUCGAGCUUACAAAGGAGUCGACGUGGUCAUCGUCUUGCCCGGAGAUCUGACCAUCUCGAAGAUCAAUUGGCUGAGCAUCUACGACGUCAAGAGCAAGACCAAUUACGGAUACGUAUCGAUACCGGAAAAAUUGAGCGUUCCUCCGUCUCUCAUCAAGGUGCACCAGAUCGAGAGUCCUGAAAAAUAUACCUGUAUUCAGCUGCACAAAAAAUUCCAGCUACAUUACGACAUUAACGCACCAUCGAUAAACUUCAAGUUGGUUGGCCAAAUGGAUGAGAACGAUUACAUGGCCUGGGGUCUGUCGGGCUCGGACGAGAGAAGCCAGAUGGAGGGCGCCGACUUGACGGUCGCCUACAUGGACGACACCCUGGGCUACGCCGUGGAUUACAACGUCACCGCCAAGGCACCCUGUACCAAAGUACUCGGCCAGUACAAGGGCGUGUGCAAGGACGAGCUGGUCGGCGGCCAGCAAAGCAACCAGCUGUCCGCGGCCUACCGUCAGAACGGCAUCACGUCGGUCAGCUACCGGAGGGCCCUCAUUUCUCCCGAUCCCGGCGACAAGGAGUUCCCCCUCAACUCGUCGGUCUACAUAGUCUGGGCGAUGGGCCGCCUGGACGAGCGCAGAGAGCCGAGCUUCCACGAGUACUAUCCGAAGGGCAACGUCAAGCUCAACUUCAAGAGCGACACCUCCGCCAGCGCCAGCAAGAGCAACUGCAUGGGCUUCCAGCAGGAGCAGGAGGGCGCCGCGGGUCUGCUCAAGCUGCAGCAGCAGCAGCGCUCCGCCGCAGCCUGGCCCAAGAGCAUGAUCUUCGAUCGCAGCGUCAGGACGUUCCGCGCGACGAUCGGGCCCGCGGCGGGCCGUCGCGGCUAUCAGGCGAUCACGGGCCAGACGACGAUGGGCCUGGCCUGGUACAUCAACGGUCUGCUGGCACCCGAGCUGUACGUGAGGCGAGGACUGACCUACAGCUUUCAGGUGUACGGCGGCAACAAUCCGCACAGCGCCGAGCUCUAUCAUCCGCUCAUCAUCACGGACGAGCCGCACGGCGGCUUCGACAGGCUGAGCGACCUGACGCAGAGCGGCGUGCGUGUGCUGGCCGGUAUCGAGUUCACCAGGCGCGGCAGGCCUAGACCCACGGCCGUCGGACCCUUGUGCCUGAGCAAGCACAGAGAGGACCGAGAUCGCAGACUCGACGACGAGUUUCCGACCUUCCAAAAAUUCAACAGAACCCUAAUAAGCUCCUGCGAACCAGGUGAGCCUGGCAUACUCGAGAUCACGCCCAAUUCCACCUGGCCCGACGUCGUCUACUACAAUUCCUUCACCCACGCGAAUAUGGGCUGGAAGAUACAAGUGAUCGACGCUUACUCCAAAAGCAAUGCAGCUCCGAGCGCGAGUCUCAAUUACCCCAUAGUCCUUGUUUCGUUGAUGUUUUUUACGACAAUUUUUAACUUUUAAGACCACCCCCUAUUAAUAUUAUUAUUACGAUACCGAACGACGAAUCCAGUCUUAUGAGACGUCGAGUAUAGUUCAGAAGUUGACUUAGAACUUCGGUUAUAGCUUUUAUUUUUCAAUUUUAACGGAUGAACAUCAUUGACUGUUUAAGCUUAAUUUUGUUUUACAUCGUGUAAUUUCGAGACUUGGAUGCAAGUUGCGUAGAUGUUUUUUAGAAGCCGAAGUCCUCCGCAGAGUUUUCUCGCCAACUGACAAUAUAAUGUCUUGGAAAUGUGGCGUAGAAACUUGCACCUGAAGCUUGAGAACCAGCCUGACUUAUCUCCCCAUCUUGACUCUUUCUCUCGCGGGAGCCUUUUGA